CAGCGCAGCUAGUGCUGUUCGAAGAUCGUCCUGCGCGCAGUCAUUGAGCUAACUCGUAGCAGGGUUAGUUGGUGCAGUGCGGUGUGCGCAUGUUAUUAUUAGUGUACGGAUUACUAUUACGGUAUAAAAAAUGUCAAACACGUUGGUCCAUAGUCCAUUGUCGACAAGAUAACUAGGAGAGUAGAUGAGGAAUCAGCAUCGAUCGCUGACAUUUAAGGUGGCGCUAUGGGUAUUCUUCACAAUUUUUAUACCAACCGACACUCAAUUCGCCAAUCCUAUAGCAUCAGUAAUGAAUUUUCUCCAAGAAGGCACGAAUCAAUUAGAUAAUGAACCACCUGACCAAGUAAAUAUCCUCACUGAGUACGAUUUCAUAGUUGUCGGUGCAGGCACAGCGGGUUGUGUGAUUGCCAAUCGAUUAACAGAAAUACCCGAAUGGAAAGUUUUACUGGUAGAAGCUGGUGUCAACGAGAACUUCGUUAUGGAUAUACCAAUUCUUGCAAAUUAUCUCCAAUUUACUAACGCUAAUUGGAAGUAUAAGACGAAACCAUCAGAUAAAUAUUGCGCAGGUUUUGAGAAUAAGCAAUGUAAUUGGCCACGUGGUAAAGUUGUCGGAGGAUCAAGUGUUUUAAAUUAUAUGAUUUAUACCAGAGGAGCAGCAAACGAUUACAAUAAUUGGGAAGCAAUGGGGAAUGAAGGGUGGGGGUGGGACGACGUGCUGCCGUAUUUCAAAAAAAUUGAAAACUUUAAUAUACCAUCACACGAUGACCCUGUUUACCACGGUCAUGAUGGAUAUUUAAACAUUGAACACGCACCCUUUCGAACUGUCAAAGGUAAAGCAUGGGUGAAAGCCGCUCAAGAGUUAGGUUUCAAAUAUAACGAUUACAAUGGAGCUAAUCCUGCCGGUGUAUCUUUUUUACAACUUUCAAUGAAAAAUGGAACAAGACAUAGCUCUAGUCGCGCUUAUCUUCAUCCUAUAAAUAAAAGAAAUAAUCUUCACGUGUCUAAACUUUCCAUGGUCACAAAGCUUAUUUUGGAUUCAACUAAAACAAAAGUAAUAGGUGUAGAACUAGAAAAACGAGGGAAAAAAUACAAAGUUUUAGCAAAGAAAGAAGUCAUAGUCUCGGCAGGUGCAAUAAAUUCACCACAAUUGUUGAUGCUUUCGGGUAUAGGACCAAAAGAUCAUUUGGAGUCAUUAAAUAUUCCUGUUGUUAAAGAUUUACCAGUAGGGCACAAUUUAAUGGACCACAUUGCCGCUGGUGGAGUUCAAUUUAUGGUCCGUCAACAAAAUAUAACUCUAUCCACAAAUUAUAUAUUAAAUCAUUUAGAAUUAGUAUUUAAGUGGAUGAGAAAUCACAAGGGACCUUUAUCAAUCCCUGGCGGAUGUGAAGCUCUAGUGUUUUUGGACUUGAAAGACAAAUUCAAUGUAUCCGGAUGGCCUGAUUUAGAAUUACUUUUUAUAAGUGGUGGACUUAAUUCUGACCCUCUAUUGCCACGAAACUUUGGAUUUGAUGAAAAAAUCUACUCCGAUACCUAUGCCUCUUUAGGUAACAACGAUGUUUUCAUGGUUUUCCCUAUGCUUAUGCAGCCUAAAUCAAAAGGAAGGGUUAUGUUACAAAAUAGAAACCCUAAAGUACAUCCAACUAUAAUUCCCAACUACUUCGAGUAUCCCGAGGAUUUGCAGAAAAUAGUUGAGGGAAUAAAAGUAGCCAUUGAAAUAUCAAGACAAGCUUCAAUGAAAAAAUUAGGAACCAAAGUGUAUGAUGUACCUGUAGCGGAGUGUUUGAAGCAUGGACCGUUUGGCAGUGAUGCAUACUUUGCAUGUCAAGCGCAAAUGUUCACAUUCACUAUUUAUCACCAAAGUGGAACAUGUAAGAUGGGCGUUAAGUCUGAUCCUACAGCGGUAGUAGAUUCUAGAUUAAGAGUACACGGUAUCUCUAAAUUAAGAGUGAUCGACGCUAGUAUUAUGCCUCAAAUAGUAUCAAGUCACACAAAUGCACCUACAUAUAUGAUAGCAGAAAAGGGCGCAGAUAUGAUUAAAAAAGAUUGGAGGAAGUAGGAUCAACUAGCUAAAAUAUAAGUUUGACUGUGAUUUAAUUUAAGCUUUAUUUUAUAAGUCAUUGGUAUUGAGAAUAAAUUGUAAUAAAAUAAUAAACGCUAGAUAAAAAAAAAAAAGAAAUAUUUUAAAUGGUAGGUACUUGUGCAAUA